AUGUAUGUAAGCUUCUCUUAUAUAACGUGCUACUAUGUCCGCAGCUCUAGACCGGGCCGACCUCCGAAACGCGCAUCAGGCGUUGGUCUCUCUCUCGCCGCCACCCAGUUCCCUGGACAUCCCUUCAAGAAACAUCGACUCGAGAACGGCGAUUAUUCACCUUACGAAAACGGACAUAUGAGUGAAAUGGCACGCAUGGACAAAUCACCGUUAUUGGCUAACGGAUAUAACGCACCACCAACGCACCUGGGCCCCAUGGGCUUCAUGCACCAACACGCGUUGAUGUCACCCGGCAUGCCGCACCCCGGCGUGCCCAGACCUGAUGGAUCCAUCAUCAAAGGCCAACCGAUGCACAACAUGGAAGCCCUGGCGAGAUCUGGUAUUUGGGAGAAUUGUAGAGCAGCGUACGAGGACAUCGUAAAACAUCUUGAAAGGUUGCGCGAUGAAAGGGGCGACAUAGAACGUGUUAUUGCUAUGGAUAAAGCUCGUGAAGGUUCACAUAAUGGUUCAUCCCCAGGCCACAGUCCUGUGUUAAAUCUUUCGAAGUCUGGAUCUGGUGAGCGUGAGAGAUCAGAGCGAGAACGUGAUCGUGGAGAACGAGGUGAUGGGUCCGCGAGUGGGCGAAGCUCGGCCGCCUCCCGACGCACGCCGCAACCCCCGCGUAUACCCUCUACAACGGCCGCGGCAUCCCCCCACUCACAUUCAGACGAAAGUGACGCAGCACUGUCCGAUCAGGAAGACCACAAUGUUAAAGAGGAAGAUGACGGAGCAGAGCUCAGCGAUGGUGAACGUGACCUUCCUACUAAUACAUCGCCUGCGACGGUGAGCUACCCGACUCAGGGCUCUCCGACCAACGUUCCUGUUGACCCCACCGCCGACACCCUGGUUUCUUCUACCGAAACCCUCCUUAGAAAUAUCCAGGGUCUCCUUAAAGUCGCGGCAGAUAAUGCCCGUCAACAAGAACGACAAAUCAGUUACGAAAAAGCUGAACUGAAAAUGGAUGUACUUAGGGAACGAGAGGUGAAAGAUAACUUGGAAAGACAACUUUUGGACGAACAAAAAAUGAGAGUGAUGUACCAAAAGAGACUAAAAAAAGAGAGAAAACAGAGACAGCAAAUCCAAGAACAACUGGAAAUGGAAUUAAAAAGACGGCAGAAAAUAGAAGAAGCUUUAAAACAGUCCGGGGCACCAUCUGAAAUACUCAGAAUAGUUACUGAGAACUUAACACCUGUACCGCAAGAGAACCGUGAGCGUGAGAACGGAACAGAGAGCAAGCCGCCUAGUACAGAGCCGCCGACUUCCUCACCUCCAUUCCAGCGGGACCCGCCGAGAACGCCUGACAAGCCACAGUGGAACUACCCACCGCCGCCCGUCGACAUUAUGAGCGGAGGUGCAGCCUUCUGGCAGAAUUACUCUGAAUCCUUGGCGCAAGAGUUGGAGAUGGAGCGCAAGUCCCGCCAACAAGCCAUGGAACGUGAUGUGAAGAGCCCGCUGUCAGACCGCGCCGGAUACUACAAGAAUUCGGUGUUGUUCAGCUCUGCUACU